CGGGGCCUCGCCGAGGACGUCAGUAGGUGACGUCAGCUCUCAUUCAACAGAAGCGAAAAACAUGGCGCCAGAACGGAGUCGGAAAGGCAGCACGCUCACUUUAUUACUGAUCUUUUGGAGUAGAUUCUCCGCGAGCCGAGCGCAGUCCUCAGGCAGCGACACCCGGAUCCUCGGCAUGCGACUGGAGAGGAGCGACAAGCCCGCCUCGACCUCCCACGACGGGAUCAUCCAGGUAACCGAGGAGAGCGACAUCCAGCUCCGCUUCUACGGACUACAGAUCAGCAUCGACACCUGGGAGCGGAUCAGGUUCGUGGAGCAGAGCGAGGAGAUGAACAGCACUUGUGCUGACUUCACCAAAGACAUCUCCAUCAGGACUAACAUGACCGUCCACGGCCAGGGCACCUCGGGAGUCCUGGGGCUCAGAAUCAAACCGCUUCGCAAGAGCGAGUCGCGCCGGGAUUACGCGCUGUGCGUCAGGAGCAGCCCUGAUGGGAAGUGGUCCCUCCUCGGAGAAAACGACGGAAAGUUGCGUGUGGUGGAGGAGAAGAGGUACCUUCUUCCUGUCUGGCUCCAGCUGAUCAUAAUAUCCUGCCUCCUGGCUCUCUCGGGGAUGUUCAGCGGUUUAAAUCUGGGUCUAAUGGCGCUGGAUCCCAUGGAGCUGAGGAUCGUCCAAAGCUCCGGUACAGAGAAAGAAAAGAAGUACGCGAGCAAAAUCGAACCGAUCCGGCGGAAAGGAAACUACUUAUUGGGAAACUAUCUGUUGUGCUCGCUUCUUCUCGGGAACGUGCUGGUCAACACCACGCUGACCAUCCUGCUCGAUGAUCUUAUUGGCUCUGGUUUGGGCGCUGUGGUGGCGUCAACCAUCGGCAUCGUCAUCUUCGGCCUCUGUUCCCGCCACGGUUUGGCGGUUGGCGCGAACACCAUUCUCCUCACUAAGUUCUUCAUGCUUCUGACUUUCCCGCUCUCUUUCCCCAUCAGCAAGCUUCUGGAUUGCGUUCUUGGUCAGGAGAUCGGCACCGUGUACAACCGGGAGAAGCUGGUGGGGAUGCUUAAGGUGACUGCGCCGUAUAACGACUUGGUGAAGGAGGAGAUGAACAUGAUCCAAGGCGCGCUGGAGCUGAGGACCAAGACGGUGGAGGGCAUCAUGACUCCGCUAAGCGACUGCUUCAUGAUCAACAGCGACACGGUGCUGGACUUCAACACCAUGUCUGAGAUCAUGGAGAAGGGAUACACGAGGAUUCCCGUCUACGAGGGCGAGCAGAGCAACAUCGUGGACAUCCUCCUGGUCAAAGACCUCGCCUUCGUGGAUCCGGAUGAUUGCACGACGCUGAAGACCGUCACCAGGUUCUACAACCAUCCGGUGCACUUCGUGUUUCACGACACCAAGCUGGACUGCAUGCUGGAGGAGUUCAAGAAAGGUAAGUCGCACCUGUCGAUUGUCCAGAAGGUGAAUAGUGACGGGGAGGGAGAUCCGUUCUAUGAGGUGCUGGGACUGGUCACGCUGGAAGACGUCUUCGAGGAGAUCAUCAAAUCAGAAAUCCUGGACGAGUCUGACCUCUACACUGAUAACCGCAGCAGGACGAAAGUGGUGCACGAUAAGAACAAGCGAGACUUCUCUGCCUUCAAACAUGAGAGUGAGUCUAAAGUCAAGAUCUCUCCUCAGCUGAUGCUCGCCGCUCACCGCUUCCUUGCAACAGAGGUGAAUCUGUUCAGUCCCUCUCAGAUCUCAGAGAAAGUGCUUCUGCGUAUUCUCAAACACCCCGACGUGAUCCAGGAGAUCAAAUUCAACGACAACAACAAGAAAUCAGCGCAUCACUACCUGUACCUGCGCGGCAGAGCCGUGGACUUCUUUAUCCUCAUCCUGCAGGGUCGUGUGGAGGUGGAGGCCGGGAGCGAGAACAUGAAGUUUGAGACGGGGCCGUUCUCUUUCUAUGGAGUCAUGGCUCUCAGCGCUCCAACACUAGAGUUGCGCUCUCCGCCUCACAUCGGUGGACUGAACCGCUCGGUGUCUCUGAGCUACACGGAUCACUCGGAGCCUCAGUCCAUCAGCAGCACACAGCCGGCGUACACACCCGACUUCAACGUCCGAGCUCUGGCCGACCUGCAGUUCGUGAAGAUCACACGCUCUCAGUAUCAGCACGGUCUGAUGGUGUCUCGGCUGGACAGCUCCCCACAGUGUCUGGACGGAGCACACGGUCCUGCGGACGACAGCACAACAUCCGCUCUGCAUCCGUCUUCAGAACACACGGAUGAGAUGACCUCACUCCUCAACGAACAGAACAGCCGAACCCAGCACACGUAACGACGUGCCAUCUGACACUCCGAUAACUCAUAAUCCUGCUGCACAUGAAUCACUUUUCCCAGAACUUUUAAUCUGAGCUCUUUUAGUGGCAGCAGUUUAAUAGUGUGGGUGUGUGUACAGCUGAGAGACGCUGUGUCACACAUCAUGUAAGCCACCGAACCGUAGCUGGACUGAGAAAGGCCCCUGUGUCCGGGGUGUUUGAUAGACUGCAAAUAGAGACCAUUCUUGAGAUGAAGAUGUUUAUUUUGUCAUUUUUCUAUUGAGGUUGAUCAGAAGUGUGAACAAGGGGAACUGCAGACGCCUUUUUACUUUAUGUUAGUCUGUAGUUAAUUCAUUAUUGUACCAAAUUCUGUGUGUGUGUGAGUGUGUGUGUGUGUGUGUGUGAGAGAGAGAGAGAGAGAGAGAG